GCGGGGCUUCUGGGGGUGCGCGCCCCCCGCCGGCUGCCCUCGUGGAUGCCUCCCGGCGGCGGCGGGCCCAUGAAAGACUGCGAGUACAGUCAGAUCAGCACCCACAGCUCCUCCCCCAUGGAGUCGCCCCACAAGAAGAAGAAAAUCGCGGCCCGGAGGAAAUGGGAGGUUUUCCCGGGAAGAAACAAGUUCUUCUGCAACGGGAGGAUCAUGAUGGCCCGGCAGACGGGCGUCUUCUACCUGACUCUCGUCCUCAUCCUGGUCACGAGCGGACUGUUCUUCGCCUUCGACUGCCCGUAUCUAGCAGUGAAAAUCACCCCUGCCAUCCCCGUGGUUGGUGGCAUCUUGUUCUUCUUUGUGAUGGGGACCCUGCUUCGCACCAGCUUCAGUGACCCUGGAGUCCUUCCUCGAGCCACGCCUGAUGAAGCCGCCGACCUGGAAAGGCAAAUAGAUAUCGCAAACGGCACCAGUUCAGGGGGGUACCGCCCGCCUCCCAGAACCAAAGAAGUAAUCAUCAAUGGCCAGACUGUGAAACUUAAAUAUUGUUUCACCUGCAAGAUUUUCCGGCCCCCUCGCGCCUCUCAUUGUAGCCUUUGCGAUAACUGCGUAGAACGGUUUGAUCACCACUGUCCCUGGGUAGGCAACUGUGUGGGGAAAAGAAACUACAGAUUUUUUUAUAUGUUUAUUUUAUCUCUGUCUUUUCUGACAGUCUUUAUAUUUGCAUUCGUUAUCACCCACGUCAUUCUUCGCUCACAGCAAACAGGAUUCCUAAACGCUCUUAAGGACAGUCCUGCAAGCGUGCUGGAAGCUGUGGUGUGCUUCUUCUCCGUCUGGUCUAUUGUUGGGCUCUCGGGUUUCCACACGUACCUGAUCAGCUCCAACCAGACAACGAAUGAAGAUAUUAAAGGAUCUUGGUCAAAUAAAAGAGGUAAAGAAAAUUACAACCCCUACAGCUACGGAAAUAUCUUUACAAAUUGCUGUGUUGCCCUGUGUGGGCCCAUCUCUCCAAGCCUAAUUGACAGAAGAGGGUACGUCCAGCCUGACACACCACAGCCAGCUGCACCCUCCAACGGGAUGGCCGCGUACGGGGCCACACAGUCUCAGAGUGACAUGAAGAAGCUCUCUAACAAGUUACUGCACAGACUCAAGUUUAAGAUCUCCGCGUCACAUGAAGUCUCUCUUCUAGCUGUUCUGAGACUUGCCCAUAUCUCAAGGGACGGGUUUGCAAAGUGUGACCAAGACCAGUGCAUUCAGAGCACCAAAUUCGUUUUGCAGGCCGCGGCCACGCCCCUGCUGCAGAGCGAGCCCAGCCUCACCAGCGACGAGCUGCACCUGCCAGGGAAGCCGGGCCUGGGCACGCCCUGUGCCAGCCUGACGCUCGGGCAGCCCACACCACCCUCCUCCAUGCCCAACCUCACCACCGAGGCUGGGCUCACGGACAUACUGCCCCUGAAAGAGGAGCACGUGGGCCACCAGUUCCUGACCCCGGAGGAAGCACCGUCGCCGCCCCGGCUGCUGGCGGGCAGCCCCCUGGCCCACAGCCGUACCAUGCACGUCCUGGGCCUGGCCAGCCAGGACUCUCUGCAUGAAGACUCAGUGCGUGGCCUGGUGAAGCUCAGCUCCGUGUGACCGCGUGGCCCGGCAGGGACUGCAGGCCGUGGGGGCAGGCCAAGGGGCUGCCCCCCACAGCAGCUUCCUCAUGACCGAGUGCCAUGGUGGGGACGAUGACUUCAGGUCCUGUGCACAAGGACCACCCAGAGGGAAAAUGGACCCUCCUCUAAUUGGCAGAAGCAGCAGGACCCAAAUGCUUCCAGCUCCGUUUCCUGGAAUUUUCUUCCCCACCCUGAUGGCUUUGAUAACAAUGAAAAUAGAGAAGCAGCUGUUUUCAGACGUUUGGGAUAUGAAGGGUGGGCCUGGGGAUGGAGGCGCCUGGGGGGCUGCCCUCAGAGGCUGGACAGAAAGGACCAUCCUGGUCGCUCUGCUUGCAGAAGGUUUAUGAGACCUGUGACGGCCAGACUGAAAUUGCACUUGUGUUAUGCUACUAAUAUUUGACAUAGACAUGCCAUUCCAUUUGUUAAUUUUUUAAAAAACAAAAAAAUACCUAAAGGGAAAAAAGUGAGCAGAUGUGGAUCUGCAUGCCACGCUAGUCUGUUUCCAGUGGUGUUGGUAUUCAAAAGGGAGUGCUGCGUUCUUCCUUCCUUCCUUCCUUUUAAUUUUGUGAAUUUCCAAGUGCUGUUUCAUGGGAAGACCAUGCAAGAAACCAAGACUGACGGACGAAGCCAUCACUCGCCAGUUUACUCAGCUUCAUUACGCCUGGGUAGGAGGUGCCCCGGCUGCAGAGGGCUGCGGGAGCUCGAGCAUAUCAAGAAUCAGUUAACCUUCUGUUUAAUAGUUAACCGAGGUAUUGUGUUGUACCAUACCUGCCACAGCCUUCACCUCCUUGUGUGCCCAAACUGCCUGUGGACAGCCAAUAAAAUGACGUCCUCUGUUAUUUUGGA